AUAAGCUAGUCAUGUUUAAAGAAAUGUUGAAGUCUGCAACCAGAAACAUCAACUUACAACGCAUGGAUACCUCUUUAAAGAUUGAAACUCGUAGAUGCAAUGUUGAAAAGUGUUUGUGUCCUCAUAGAGAGCAACAAACACAUCAAGAAGAGAUUGGAUCAUGGGAAAUACUACUAUGUCAAGGAUGUGGUAUUAAUGGAACACAUAGGAUUUGCAGUUUUGUUCCAUGUUUCCAAUAUUGGCGCUGUGAAACAUGCAAUACCUUUGAAGAUAUGGUAUUCAUGUUUAGAAAUACGUUGAAUGCUGACAGAAACAUGGGCAUACGGUACAUGGAUACCUCUUUAAAGAUUGAAAGUCGUAGUUGCAAUGUUGAAAAGUGUUUGUGCCCUCAUAAAGAGCAACGAACAUAUCAAGAAGAUAUUGGAUCAUGGGAAAUACUACUAUGCGAUGCAUGUGGUAUUAAUGGAACACAUAGGAUUUGCAGUUUUGUUAAAUGUUUCAAAGCAUGGUAUUGUAAAGCAUGUCAACCCAAUAUUUUGUAAUAACUAAUUAUAUUAUUUUAAAUUUUUAUAAUAGUAAAUUUAACAGUGUACACGUAAUUAUUUUAAAUGUUUUCAGCCAAUUUCAGGCAUGUAUUAUUGAUAUGUAUUAUAUUUUUAUUUACAUAUUGUGAAUUCACUAUAUCACCUUUAAACAAUAAUUCAUUGGUUUUUGUUCAUCCAUCACAUUGUUAAUUAGAUUUGUUGAGAAUUCAAGUUAUAUAAUAUGUUUCUUAUAUAUUUUGAUUGAAUUCUCAUUUUCAUAUGUUAAUUGAAUA